AUGAGGUGGAACAGUGACACUAAUCACAGAGAUUUCUUCAGAGCGUAUCUGAACUACUGCCUGACCUGGAUAUCAGCAAACAGUCACAGUACAACAAAGAGUCCACCAAAUAUUCAGAUGUUUGCGAAGAAAGCUCCUCCUGAUCAAAGCAAGAUGGAUCUGACCUGUCUGGCCACUGGCUUUUACCCCAAACACCUACAGAUGGAGAUCAGGAUGAAUGGCAUUAAACAACAAUCCCCGGCUGAAGUCAGACCAAAUGAUGACAAAACCUUUCAGCUGAGAAAAACUGUGAGGAUAAAGAAAGAAGAGAAACAUGUUUUUUUGUGUCACGUUACUCACAGCAGUCUGACACAACCGAAUAUAAUAAAAUGGGAUGGAACGUGUUUGAACUGUUAUGAAGAAUCAAGAAAGCAGGUAGCGGCAGUAGUAGUAGCAGUAGUAGCAGUCACAGUGGCGUUUGUAGCUGCACUUCUCAUUACGCUGCUUAUCUACAGUCACAAGACACAAUGAAGAAGUGAGUCAAAAUGACUACUUCACAUCAUUGUUAUCGCCAAAAAUGAGUGUUACAACAUUUUACUGACACACUGGUUCAUUUACAGACAAUUAAUUUUCAUUGCCAUUAAAAACUCUAGGGAUGUAACGAUUCACUCAUCUCACGAUGCUAUAACUUCAAACGGUUUAACUUUAAAUUUAGCAUUAAUGUGAGAAGUUAUUGAAACUACGUGAUGAUCAAGUGCCACAGUUUCCCAAAAUCUGGUGAAUUUGGUGUAUUAUGACUGUAUUCCAGAUUGCACUGGAAGUCCACUGAAGUCCACUGAAGUCCACUGAAGUCCACUGCACAACUAGAACAACAAUAUUUUACUGAUCACAGAGUAGCUAUUUUUGGACAGUAUCCCAAAUACAUGUAUUAAUCACUACUAAACAUAUUUUCCUGGGUGACCUCAUGAAUUUCUGUUGGUGUAAAUGCAAAUUUAUAAGUUAUUGUUAUUUCUUUUGGAGGGGAGUGAUUUUAAAAGCAUUAGAGACUAUCACUACACUUAAAGUUACUGUGUAAUGUGUGUCUGACUCCCCGUGAAUGAAUUGUUGGAGUUCUUCUCUUUAGGAUGCUGCAGAUGUGGCACAUGCAAUUGCUUUAUUAUGCACUUUAUAU